AUGUUAAUCCAAGAAACUCACUAUGAUGUUCCAACGAAAGCUGGAGGAAAAGAAGGAUCUAUGAGAAUCUUUCUCUUCCAUCCUACCAUUCCAAACUACCCUCAAGCACGAUUUCCCGGUGUUGUUGUUUUCAGUGAGAUUUAUCAAGUCACUGGACCAGUUGCCCGAUUUGCAAGACAGAUCGCUGGACAAGGUUACAUUGUUGCAGCACCCUCAUCAUACCAUGAGUUUACCGGCCCCGAACCGCUCGCUUAUGAUGUUCCUGGAACUGAUGCUGGCAAUGAAUAUAAGAUCACCAAGACCCUCGAAGCCUACGAUGAAGACUCCACCUUAACAAUUGACUACCUUCUCUCCCUCCCUACCUGCAAUGGCCGCAUCGGCAGCACAGGAAUGUGUCUCGGCGGUCAUCUUGCCUACCGCUGUGCUCUCGACCCUCGUGUCGCCGCAACAGUAACAUACUUCGCCACCGAUCUCCACAGCGCAACUCUCGGUCUCGGCAAAAAAGACGACAGUCUCGCUCGUGCCUCGGAAAUCAAGGGUGAACUGGCCAUGAUUCAUGGAUGUAAGGAUAAUCAUGUGCCUCCUGAGGGAAGAGAUCUUAUCAGACAAACAUUGAGAGAAAAGGGAAUUGUAUUCAGUUGGUAUGAGGUUGCGUGGGCUCAGCACGCAUUCAUCCGCGACGAGCUAUCAAAAGGUCGCUAUGACCCCGCCAUCUCUAAGAUCUGUUUCGAGAUCCUCCUUGAACUUUUCGGACGAACCCUCAAAUUAGAUCUCGGACCUCAUGAUGGAAAAGAGCAGAAAAUAGAAGAUAUCUGUUAG